CGCUGAUGCCGGCGUGGGGGCCGCCGCCGAGUACUAACGUUGGGCUCCACAUCUCCGACCCCCCUAAAGUCCGGCCCCCUUGAAAAAUGUAACGACGAAAUACCCCUUUUAUAAACCGAUUUAAAUGUAAACCUAUCAACGCACAAUAAUACAAUCAUUGUCAGGCUCUCCCGGUUCGCUAACCUCUUCUCCAUCGUUCAAAGCUUCUAAACAGUCCCUAUUAUUUUCCUGUGCUUCAUAAACGUUUUUUUUGCUGACCAAAAGCUCGUUGGGAUCCGGAAUCACCCUUUUCCUUUUGACCGGCCGUACCGCCUCCAAUUUUGCUUUUAACAAACUGAUUUUUUGCUGAGCUUCAGCCAAUAAGAUAUCCUUGGUUUCGAAGCUUUUUUGGACUUUUGCAAACAAAAGCCGUGAAGUGGCGUUACUUUUUUCGGACCGGGAAAUUUCCUGUAGUUGAAGUCGAAUAUCUCGGGUCGUUUUAGGGGUUUUCCAAAUAAGUAAAGACUGGUCGUUAAUUUUUUGGGUUGGAUUUUCCGGUGUUUUAUCCCUUUGGAAGCCGUUAUUUUUACCUUUUUCGACGUUGGCGUUGCUAUUUUCUAAUAAAAAAGGGUUUAAAAGUGGUUUUGCCAAGUUCACCGGCCAUAACCCCGUCGUACGCCAACCAGAUUGAAUGGUUUUUGCUAUAAAUGCUUUUGAUCUGGCUUUUCGAUAGCAAAGUAGAAAGUUUCGUUUCCCAACAACCGUUGAACAGCAAAACUGGUUUACAAAUCCCAGGUGACGUCGAUAAGCUUCCUUUAACGGCCCAAAAACCGAUAAAUCCAACGGUUGAAGAACGUGUGACGAAUGAGGGGGUAAAUAUAGGAGUUGAAUAUUGUUUUGCAAGCAAAGAAGCAUAAAUUCGUCCGUUAUAUGUGAUCCAUGGCCAUCCAGAACUAAUAACCGCUUUUCAGGGGUUAAAGGUUGGGUAUACGGAAUAAACACCUUUUUUAACCAUUCGAUACCUGUUUCAUUAUUUGUCCACCCGUUUUCGGUUGCAUGAAAUUGCCAGGUAUCGAAAGGACUUAAAUCAGCUGGAAACCAUUGUUGCUGUACGUUUUUCCCCUUAAAUAUAACGAGGGGAGGUAUAACAGCCCCCGUAGCUGAUACACAUUCGAUUAUGCUCGUCCAACCCCGCGUUCCAGGCUCUUUUCGCUGUAAUGGCCGGAUUUUAUUACGCCCUAACACCAGGCCAUUAGAUCCUUUGCCUUCCAUUAUACCUGUUUCGUCCAUAUUCCAACGGUUGGCCGGUUUUAUAGUAUCGACAACGGGAUUUUUCAAAUAGGACCACCAAGAUUUAAUUACCUCGGUUGUAGCCCCAUUAACCCGGGCAUUUUCUAUUCGCCGGGGUCUUUGGGUUUUCAAAAUUGGAUAUCGGGCUAUAAAACGGCUAACCCAAUGUUUCCCAAGGCUUUUUCUUUCUCCGGCGGCCUGAAGAAUUCGUUCCGCAAAAUAGCGUAGUUCUUGAUGCGUUGGCGGAAGGCCUAACGCGGCCUGCGCAAGUACCCAAUCUGCCAAAUAGGUUUCCUGCUCCUGUGAAAGCCUUUGACAAAAUCUUUUCGCUUGUUGAAUUGACUGGGCCCCCUUUAAACGAUCGUGAAGGGUACUCCGAGGAAUACCCCAUUUUUGCGAGGUUUUGUGAACUGAUUUGCCAUUUCUUAUGUCAGAAAUGGCAGCAAGAAGCUGAUUUUCAGUGUACUGUUUCAUUGGAAGGUUUGGAGCAAGAAUCUUCAAAAAUCAAGUUCUAAAGUGAAAAAUUCGUCUAGAUAUUUAUAAAAUAAAACAAAGGGUUGACGUGGCUGAGUAGAUAUUUUUAGGGGCCGGACUUUAGGGGGGUCGGAGAUGUGGAGCUCAACGUUACAACUCGACGACGCCGAUCCCGGUCCCCGGCGCGACGGCCAUCACGCCGCCCCCUCCCGCCAGCAGCCCGGCCGAACCAGCCAGAACCACCACACCACCAGCGCCGGCGCCGGGUAUCUUCCGUCUGCCCCCGUCGGCAUCAAGCCGCCCCCACCACAGCAGCACUACUACGACCAUCAGCAGCAGCAGCAACAACAGCACCAUCAGGAGCCGCCGCUGGUGCACUCGUCGCCGCAGUUCGUGACGCCGGGCGAGAUGUUGCUGACUCACCACACGCCGGUGCCGACCACCAUGCCGCGGGACCUCGGUGCCGUGCGGGCUGGUGCCGAGUUCGCGGUCAAGGAGUACGCCAGCCUGCAGCGGCGGCGGAGGGAUGGGGACGUCGAGGUGGGGCCUGCGCUGGAGGAGCAGAGCGGCGUGGUCGCCAUGGAGCUGGGCAGGUUGCGGGCCCACGUCAAGGAGAUGGCCGUCCUGGCUCGGCAGCAUCGAUGGAGGCGGUGGUUGAUUGGAGGAUUCAUCGGCACCUUGAUCCCGGCCGUACGCAGGCUCUUCCGACGGCCAGAGUCCAACAGCGAGGGCACGUCCAACGACACAGAGUACGCCUUUUUCCACAGCAAAUCCCUUGUCCAGCGCGUCCUGGACUCGGUGCGCGGCGGAUGGAGUGGCAUCAGCCGGCUGGCGUCGGCCACCUUCCUGGUGUUUGCGGUCUUGUACGUCUUCCAGAACGAAGUGACGCUGCGGGUUGCCAGCACGCUGUCCAAGAGGCUCAAGAGGCUUUCAUCAAAGAUCGAGAACAGUGACAACUACGAGAUGAGCGAUAAGGACCUUGCGCUGUUGAGGGGCUGGAGGUGGAGGGUUCUGUCGAGGAGUUGA